GCAAUUGUCCGUGGAGGAAAUGUCAAUUAAUAAAAUAAAGGACAAAAACAGAAGCGAGAUUUUGAUGUAACCGCCCUGGAGAAGACUCAAUUAAGUCCGAAACGUUGGCAAAAUUUUGCUUCUGUUUGUGUCCUUCAUUUUAUUAGUUGUUGGGCAAGCAAACAUGCAGUAAGUAACGGCAAGAAACUAUAAUACAACCAGACGUGAAAAGCGUGAUUGGACCGAAUUUUUUUAUUUCCCAAGGAACCUUUUUUCACCCUUUGCAAAUAAAGGGCUAUUAAAUUCGGUUUUUGAAUUGGAACAUUUUUUUUGUCUGAGCCCCAUUCAAAUUACCGGUCCCUUUAUGUAUUUAUUUUUUUCCUUGUAUUUUAUAUCGUAGAAGAGCGCAGUUAGAAAUAAAAGCGCACAAUUUCCACCCUCCAAGGUUUUUCCUCUUAUGGCUAAUUAUUUAUUUUAACUAAUUCGUAUAAGCGUAUCUUCGGAACCACUUCGUUGUCGAUGGGGACCUAAAAACUAUGAAAUAAUACUCUUAAAAUCUAAAGAGAAUUACCAGUAAUAACAUCAUGCUGAAAAGGUUAUUAUUCUAUUGCUAUUGCUAUUGGAGACCCUUCAUAACACUAAAACACCUGUAUCUAUCGAAAAAAUAAAUUUACAUAUUUCGCUAGCAGCCAUGCGACUGUUUACAAGCAACGGUAAAUGCGAGGUUUUAAUGCAUUUAUAAUAUCGAAAAACCCUCGGAUAGUCUGUUGAAGAAAGAAUACCAAGCUUUGGGGGUCAGAAUGUCAUUCUGGGUACGAGCUAGUUAUACGUGGAAUCGACAAUGACCAUCGGGAAAAUGAGCAAAGUGGGAAAUCUCCCUCCGCCGGUUUUCAACAAACGACUUUUCAAGGCGCAAGCUGGAAUCUUACUGUCUGAGGAGAUUUUACGGAUCUUACGCCGUUCGCCCCAAGAGGAGAGGAGUUUGAGCGAACUGAGCAAACUAAAAGCCGUUGUUAAUGGACUAAAGGAGAUUCACAAGGAUUUACAAUAUAUCAAAGACGCGUUGGGUUACGCUAUAAACUACGAGAAAGUUGAAUCAGGAAAAACAGUUACGAAGCAGCACUCAGAAAAAGUGCUCUCGUGUUACUAUGUGCUGAGCGGCUCCGUAGAAGCACAGUAUUCCAUAGACUACGACGAGGAGGAUAUUCGCGGGAAAAUAGCGGGAAAAGACGCGCAAGGGAAUAGCAUAUGCGAGAUCAAUUAUACACAUGUAGCCGGUGACUAUAUGGGAUUAGUAUCGGCGGACGGGCCCCAGUACGACCUUCCUCCCCCGGACUCCAUGAGGACCAUCGAGACUUGUGAAUUCAUACGCAUUGACAGGGAGACAUUUCACAAGUCCGUGAAAAAGGUCCAGAACAGAUAUGUCCAGGAAAUCGAAAUGUUCCUGGAAGAAUCUGAGAUUCUAAGAAAGUUACCUGCGGAGGAGAGAGCUGUGCUUGUGCCUCUGAUGGCGAAACAGGAAUACUCGGCUGGCAAGGUUAUCAUUAACCAGGGAGAAAUACCAGAACACGUAUUUUUUGUAGGUAAAGGCAGGUGCCAUUUUUUCCGUCGAGUGUACAUACAGGAAGCUAGGAGACAAGAGCUCGUCAAGUUGGGUCUCAUAGAAAAAGGAAGUUUCUUCGGAGAGUCCACCGUGCUUGGUGGUUCACCUUGCUUCUGUAGCGUGGCAAGCAUCGGCCCUGUGACGUGCUACCUUGUGAACAAAUGGGCAAUCAAGACAAACGAACGCAUACUCAAUCUGCUGCGAGAUCAUCAACACUUCUUCCACGAGGACGAUAUGAUUAAACACUUCAUCCGGGACAGUGACGUAUGGCAAAGCUACAAGAGAAGCAAGGUGAUCGAGUUGCUUGAUGGUACGAACAAGCAGCACGUGGUGGUAUGCACCGUGCCAGAGACGUUACACACCGCCGUCGAGUUUGGUGAUGCUAGUAGACGUUACUCCAGCCAUUCUACUAACGAGCGUGAGCCUGGAGAACCAAAGAAAAAAGAACCACUAUUCAUCACACCUCGAUCUCGCAGGCGCUCAUCUGCUUUUCUCCAAAGCAAUGCCGCGGCUGUUGUCAAGGCUGUUCUGUUGCUAAGGCGAAACACAGGCUCAGAGGAGCCAAGAGUUCCGUCAUCGAACGCUGAGUCAUCUCCUGUGACUACAACAAGAGGGGAGAUGGAAACAAAGAUAAAGCCGAUGAGUGCUCCUGGAAGGUGCCGAGGGGCUCCGAAAUCCUUACGCGAUGCAUCGAAUUCUCCUACUAGAAAUCGAUCAAGAAACAGAGGGGGGAGACCCAAGACGAAAACUAACAAUCAACGGAGCCCGAGUGGGGAACGUGCUUCAAGUUCUGUUAAGAAGAAACAGGCAAUUACAAAACAUGGUAAAGACGAGAAGAAAGUAAAAGAUGAAAAGCCUAAAACAGUGCCGAAUAAUAAAGCCCCAGAAUAUCAAUCAGAGGCAGUCGAUAAGCAUUCGACUCCUCCGCGCGGCACCGAGAUGAUUGUGACUUCGAAUCGAAACUUCAUCCUCAAAGAGGUAAUCAACACAGGUUUGCCUGGGAAGAGAGUCUAUUCUGCCGGCUAUCAGAGGUUCGACAAAAGCAUGUUCGACAUCCUGGACAAAUCUGAGCCAAGCCCAUCAGGCCCUAGCCCGUGGACGAUCUCCUUAGCUGCUAAUCGAUGGAUGUCGUCUGUGCGAAAAAAGCGUGCCAUGGUUCGGAGUAUGAGUGAUAGGAGAUCCUCCUCGCCGUCACCCACUCCUAUUAUUGUCAUCGAGGAGUACGUGGCGACGAGCGACUCUAAUGUCGACGAUGAGGGGAUGGCUCGACCUUCCUCGGGAAAGACAGACGACAGAGCCGCCUCAAGUAGCAGAAGUCCCAGUCCAAGUACCCGUCGAAUCAGUCACACGCCGUCACCAGUGCUAACGGAACUACCGGAAGAAAACGAAGACGAGGUUUUAGAAUACGAAAAGUACGAGGCUGGAAAAGCCAUUCCUGAAAAGUGGCACACACCUAUCCACGAGGCACGGGACCAAUCACUCGCUCAUCUCGAGCGUGUCAAGCAGGAACUCGAGGCCAUCACGCGCGACCGUGAAAUACUCCACAGACAAAUAGCGGCCAGCGGUAUGACUAGGGACGAGCAUGCGCAGAAUGACGUGGCACUGGACAGCAUUGAUCAUACGCAGGAAACCACUGUCCAGGCUACUACAGAGGAAAGCAAAUCGUCCACAAGAAAGCACAGCCCGCAGAAAAAUCGCAAACUCUCAUAUCCAGCUCGCACGCUUUCGUCCGGCAGCGACAAAAAAACGAGUGGUUCUCAUCGGAUGAGUUUGGGGUCAAGCCAUGCGCCGGCGCUGUCGUCUGACACCAGCCACGCACGAUUAAUGCGCAUGCGCACUCUUGACGGAUGUUACCUGGAAGGCAUAGGGGCCCGAAGCUCCCUUUAUAGCAGUAGAUUGAUGAACAAUGAAAGAAUCAACGACAAGAGUUCAGUUUCAGCUGUGACGAGAAACGAGCGAAGGCGUCUCCUCCUACUCGAUAAGCUUGGGCUAAGAUGACAACUAACAACAACUUUCUACCAAAUUUGAUGGGCUUUAGUGUUCCAAUUAUUACUAAAAUAAAUGCCAUGAGGAGGGGGGGUGUAAGGGGGGGGGGGGUGCGAACCCGCAAAAUCGCACCGAAAAAAAACGCACAGAAACCACUCAGAAAAACGCCAACAACCGGAAAACCGUCAAAAUAAGUCAAUAACAGUAAACCGCGCAGUCUAGAGUAACCACAAUACCGCGGAAUAAAAUACGUAAAACCGCGCCAGAUUUAAGGCAAAACCACCGCAAACCCGCACGUAUCCCUCCAUUAGUAACAAUAAGAUACUGGGGCUCACCGAAACAAUUAAAUAUGGCUGACGCUUUAGUAGAUCUUGAAGUAAAUUAGCUUUGCAAUGUUUGGUUUUGUAAUAAAAAUUGUUCAGAUAA